GCUCUGUCAGUGCACCAAACUCCUUGAAUAAUUGACUGACAAAUGGGAGGCCUUCCCUUCAAAGCAAGGAAGGAACCCAAGAACAUUCUACACUCCACAGCCUUAAUUUACUUUAGUGCCCUUCUCUUAUCUAGCAUUGAUUCCAUCAUCAACCAAUCUCUUAACUACCAUUACAUUACCUUCACUUGACAACAACGGCCUCUUCAUCCUCCCUUGGAGAUUUGUUGUCUCCCUCAAAAACUGCCAAAACCCAAAAAAAUGGGUACUACUAAGCUUAUCAUGAUCUCAUUCAUGGUAACCUCACUCCUCUUCUCCUUCCUCUACAUAUUAUUAUUCCCAACAAUACUAACCAAACCCAUCUCCAGAUUCAAUCCAGUCAUCAAGUCCAACCCAGUUUUUCUCCCCAAUGUUGAUCAAAACCCAUAUCCAGUCACAUUUGCAUACCUGAUUUCAGCAUCUAAAGGUGAUGUGGGAAAGCUGAAAAGGCUGCUUCAUGCUCUGUACCAUCCUGGGAAUUACUAUUUGAUACACUUGGACCAGGAGGCGCCGGCGGCGGAGCAAAGGGAGGUGGCUGCGUUUGUGGCGGAGGAAGUGGUGUUUGGGCUUGUGGGUAAUGUUUGGAUUGUUGGGAAACCCAAUUUGGUAACUUAUAGAGGCCCAACUAUGCUUGCUACUACUCUCCAUGGAAUGGCUAUUUUGUUGAGGAGCUUCAAGUAUUGGGAUUGGUUUAUCAAUCUUAGUGCCUCUGAUUAUCCUCUUGUGACCCAAGAUGAUCUGAUUGAUGCAUUUUCUGAGUUGCCAAAAGACCUCAAUUUCAUUCAACAUUCCAGUCGCUUGGGUUGGAAAUUGAAUCGCAGAGGGAAGCCAAUAAUGAUAGACCCAGCACUGUACAGUCUUAACAAAUCAGAGAUCUGGUGGGUUAUCAAAAGGAGGAGUCUCCCCACUGCUUUCAAGCUCUAUACAGGUUCAGCUUGGACUACACUAUCAAGGUCAUUCGCUGAGUACUGCAUACUUGGUUAUGAAAACUUACCCAGAACGCUCCUCCUCUACUACACCAACUUUGUCUCCUCUCCUGAAGGCUACUUCCAGACAGUCGUAUGCAACUCCGAGGAGUACAAGAACACGACAGUCAACCAUGACCUUCACUACAUUUCUUGGGAUAACCCUCCGAAACAGCAUCCGAGAUCUCUAGGUCCCAAAGAUUACAGAAGAAUGAUUCUAAGUGGCCGUCCAUUUGCCAGAAAAUUCAAGGAGAAAAACUUGGUUCUUGACUGGAUUGAUAAGGAACUCCUUAAGAGACACAAUGGAGGGUUCAAUUACGGAGGUUGGUGUAGUGAUUCUGAGAGUAGUGGGAAGAGCCAGCGAGCAUGCUCUGGCUUGAAAAGCGAGAAUUAUGGUGUUUUGAGACCUGGACCCGGGUUGAGAAGGUUGAAAAGUCUGCUGAAGAAGACUCUUUCUGCCAAGUUCAACAAACGACAGUGCAGAUGAACUCUUUUGUCUCUUAUAUUCUUUUAAACAUGAAUGAUAAGAAGCUAUACAUUGUAUUGUUUGGUUUUGAGAAAGUACUGAGGAUGGAGAUUUGUAAAGAAUGCUUAAAUACAUGGUUGCAUAGUUGUUGAA